AUGUCGACGAGAAUAGCGCCGGCAUACGACGCACCUGUUCCGAUCGCCCCCGCCCCUGCAGGACACUCUGCCGAUGGAGAUGCCUCCAAGAGUACGAUGCCCUAUUCUUGCCAGACAUGUGCAAGACGCAAGGUCAAAUGCGAUAAGGUAGCACCCGCUUGCUCCAGCUGCCGCAAGAGUAGACUGGACUGUUCCUACCAGGCACCAGUCCCCCGUGCGCAGAAGCGAAGAGUGACGCGCGAUGUGUUGCAGCGACUCGCCCGCUAUGAACUUAUCUUGCGCCAGCAUGGCUUGCUGCCACAUGAGGCACAGGAGACAGCCAUCCCAUCUAGUAAUGAGACCAGCAGAAUAGAAGACCAAGUCGCCUCCUUCCGUUGGGACGAUAAUGGAGCUCCCAGAACUGGAAAAUUAGUCGCUAGUAAAUACAUUGAUAGCAAUCUCUGGCACGACUUGGGGGAUGAGGAGAUUGCCUAUGCUUCCACCAAUAGGGAAGAAUCAGGGGAUAAUGAGGAAUAUGACUUACAGGACGCCGAGGAAGAUGAAAGUAUGAACCUUCCUUUGAGCAUUGGGGAUAACAUAUCCGAUCCCCUCUGUGGAGCGUUUCUAGGUUCCCAGCAAAGCCUUCUCCAACAUCACCCAACCCACGAAAAUGCGAUGAUCAUGUGGAAGGCCCAUGCCGAGAACGUGGAGCCUAUUUGCAAGAUUCUUCAUAUCCCUUCUACCUUUGAGAUGCUGGAGAGAGUUUCACAAAAUCCCUCAACAGCGUCAAAGAAUGAGGAGUGCCUCCUAUUUGCCAUCUAUCAUUUUGCCGUCUUUUCUAUGAAUGAUAGCCAGUGUUUUGAAAGGCUGGGUCAGCCACGGUCCACACUGAUGAAAGAGUACCACUUUGCUACAAGACAAGCACUGGUCAAUGCAUCUUUCCUAAGAACUACCGAGAUGUCUGUACUACAGGCAUUGGUUCUCUUUUUGCUUUCAUGCCGCUAUUUCUAUGAUCCGUCCACAUAUUGGAUCUUGACUGGCGUGGCAAUCCGUAUCGGGCAACGUAUUGGGCUUCACCGAGAUGGGGAGAAACUCGGGUUACCGCCAUUUGAAGUCCAGAUGAGACGCCGCUUGUUCUUUCAACUGCUGCCCCUCGAAGGGAUUGCAAGCCAGCUCUCUGGAACUGGAAUCACUGCCGUGCCUGAUCAUUGGGAUACCCUCCCUCCUCUCAAUAUCAACGACGACCAGAUCUGGCCGGGCAUGACAGAAAAGCCACAAGAGCAGAAGGGUGCAACAGAUAUGAUAUUUUGCAUGGCUCGAUCAACUGUGGGCAGCUUUCUGGCCAAAACUUCAGGAUGGCUUCAGCCCGCAGGAUCACACCAAGCCCAGAGUUUCGACGAGGCAGAGCGGAUUAUAAACGAGGCAGAGAGCGCGGUUGAGGAGAAAUACAUUCGAUACUGCGAUAUUCUCAACCCGCUACACUUUCUAACAGUCGGGUCGAUUAGAUCAGCUAUUACAGCGAUGCGGCUUCGGAUCCGCCUCCCCAAAGCGAGGAACAAUACCGCUACUGAGCCUGAACGGAAGGAGAUGUUCAAGUUAUCACAGAAGAUCCUGGAUACAGAUGCAGCCGCAUAUGCACAUGCCAGCCUGGGUAGAUACCUCUGGCACGUGAAGCCCUUCUUCCUCUGGGGCUCAUGGGACUCCCUCAUUUAUACCCUGACAAGCCUCCGUGAAGCGGCUGAAUGGUUGGCGCCUGCGGACAUUGACGAUGCUUGGACUCGGGUGUCGCAAGUCUACGCCAAUCAUCCGGAUCUUCUCAAGCCUAAACAAUCUUUGCACGUCGCCUUUGGGAGGUUAACACUCAAGGCUUGGGAUGCAAGCCAGUCAAGCAACUCCAAUAACUCUGAGAAUAAGGAACCAGAUUUCAUAAACUCGUUGCGAUCGUCACGCAAAACUGAGGCUCAAAAUCGCGAAAGCUCGAAGAUGCCUAGUUUUGGAGAGGUUUCGGGAAACUUGGCGCCUACUUGUAAAUCUCAGCCAUCUCAAGGAGGUUUUGAAAAUACACCCUCCAACAACUCUUUGGAUGCUGUGGCCCUUGACGCGGGCAAUGGCAUGGACGUUAACCUGUCCGACUGGGUGUUUUGGGAUCAGUUACUGCAUGAUUACCAGGCUCAAGGAAAUCAACAGGAGUAA